GUACCUUCUUCUUCCAAAAAAUAUCACUUAAGAGGUAUAAUGGGUUCCAAAACCACAACACCUUUAGCCCUUUUCAUGUUGCUAAACCUUUUAUUUUUCACUCUGUCUAGUGCAUCUACACCACUUACUCUGCACACGGACACUUGCCCUAUUGAUACCCUAAAACUUGGUAUUUGUGCUAAUUUGCUUGGUGGAUUGAUUGGUGCCAUAAUCGGAACUCCCCCGGUAAAACCAUGUUGCUCCCUCAUCGACGGGCUGGUCGAUCUUGAGGCGGCCGUGUGCCUCUGCACCGCCCUCAAGGCCGACAUUUUAGGCAUCCACCUCGAUGUUCCCAUUUCUCUUAGUUUGCUGCUCAAUGCUUGCUCCAAGAAGGUUCCAUCGGGCUUCCAAUGUGCCUAAAUGAUCAAAUCAAUGGCUUCCAUUGAUUUCUUGUUAUUUAAGUUUCUACAAUGUUUUGUUAGAUUGUGAUUUGUACCCUGAUUAUGGAAGUUGCACAAUGUUAACUGCCUUUUUUUUUGA